AUGACCGCCACUGAAGGAAAAGCUGUUGGUAUCGAUCUUGGGACCACAUACUCUUGUGUGGGUGUAUGGCAAAAUGACAGAGUCGAAAUUGUCGCAAACGACCAAGGAAAUCGAACAACUCCCUCUUAUGUCGCAUUUACAGAUACAGAACGUCUUAUUGGUGAUGCAGCAAAAAAUCAAGUAGCUAUGAAUCCUUAUAAUACUGUGUUCGAUGCUAAACGACUUAUUGGUCGUCGUUUCACUGAUCCCGAAGUACAAUCUGAUAUGAAGCAUUGGCCAUUCAAAGUCAUCGAUAAGAGUGGAAAGCCAUAUAUCGAAGUUGAAUACAAAGGAGAAAAGAAACAAUUUACCCCCGAAGAAAUCUCAUCAAUGGUCCUAACAAAAAUGAAGGAAACAGCCGAAGCAUUUUUGGGCACCAAAGUUCAGAAUGCUGUGAUCACAGUACCAGCCUACUUUAACGACUCGCAACGUCAAGCCACAAAAGAUGCAGGAAUGAUCUCUGGAUUGAAUGUGUUACGUAUCAUUAACGAACCGACAGCCGCGGCUAUUGCCUAUGGUUUAGAUAAGAAGGCAGCUGGUGAACGCAAUGUAUUGAUCUUUGAUUUGGGUGGUGGUACCUUUGAUGUAUCUCUUCUCACAAUUGAAGAAGGAAUCUUUGAAGUGAAAGCAACUGCCGGUGAUACACAUCUUGGCGGUGAAGAUUUCGAUAACCGUCUGGUCAAUCAUUUUGUACAAGAAUUCAAACGAAAAUUCAAGAAGGAUCUCACUGCUAAUGCUCGUGCCGUCCGUCGUCUAAGAACCGCUUGUGAACGUGCAAAACGUACCCUCUCUGCCUCAGCACAAACUUCGAUUGAAAUCGACUCAUUAUUCGAAGGAAUUGAUUUUUACACAUCAUUAACGCGUGCACGUUUCGAAGAAUUGAAUCAAGAUUUGUUCAGAUCCACAAUGGAACCAGUCGAGAAAGUGCUUCGUGAUGCAAAGAUUGAUAAAUCUGCCGUGCAUGAAAUCGUAUUGGUCGGUGGAUCAACACGUAUUCCAAAAAUCCAAAAGAUGGUUUCUGAUUUCUUUAACGGAAAGGAACCAAAUAAAUCGAUUAAUCCCGAUGAAGCCGUCGCUUACGGUGCCGCUGUGCAAGCUGCUAUUCUUUCUGGUGACACUUCAGAAAAGACUCAAGAUUUGUUACUUCUCGACGUUGCACCACUUUCAACUGGUAUCGAAACUGCCGGUGGUGUCAUGACUCCAUUAAUCAAACGCAACACCACAAUUCCCACAAAGAAAUCCGAGAUCUUCUCGACAUAUUCCGACAAUCAACCUGGUGUAUUGAUUCAAGUCUAUGAAGGUGAACGUGCUCGAACAAAAGACAAUAAUUUGCUGGGUAAAUUCGAGUUGACCGGAAUUCCACCGGCUCCUCGUGGUGUACCACAAAUUGAAGUCACCUUUGAUAUUGAUGCAAACGGUAUCUUAAAUGUAUCUGCUGUUGAUAAGACGACCGGUCGCUCGAAUAAAAUCACCAUCACAAACGACAAAGGUCGUCUAUCGAAAGAAGAAAUCGACCGUAUGGUUGCCGAUGCUGAGAAAUAUAAAGCUGAAGAUGAAAAAGUAGCACAAAGAAUAACAGCACGCAACGGCCUAGAAAGCUAUGCAUAUAAUCUUCGAAACACAUUGCAGGAUGAAAAAGUAGCAGGAAAACUUGACGCUGCUGACAAGAAGAAACUCGAAGAAGCAAUCCAAGAAGCAAUCACCUGGCUAGAUAACAACAACGAAGCAGAAAAAGACGAAUACGAACAUAAACAAAAGACACUCGAGGAAAUUGCCAAUCCUAUCAUGAUGAAAUUGUAUGGUGCCGGCGGUGCUCCAGGCGGAUUCCCAGGUGGUGCAGCUCCAGGUGGAUUCCCAGGUGCUGGUCCAACUAACGAUGAAGCUGGACCAACAAUUGAAGAG